UUUGUUUCCUUUUAUUUCUUACUCAUCAAUGGCGAUGCUUUCCCUCUCAAUCCUGCUGCUCAUCCUCGCACCAAUUUCCGGCCAAUUUUCCGACGAAAGAACGGCUCUAUUCCAACUUCGGAACUCAUUUUCCGACACCAACGGAAUCCUCGAAACCUGGAAUGAAGCUAAUUCGAAUCACUGCUCUUGGUCCGGAGUUUCCUGCAAUUCGAAUCUCAGAGUUUCUCGGAUCCAAAUCAAAGGUAAUUUUCCCAAAUCUGAGCCGCAAUUACUUGUUAGAGCAAAUUUCUCUGAUCCAUGUCGGACAUUACGAGGAAAUCUGUCUGGUGUAAUAGGCAAACUUAAGGAAAUUAGGGUUCUAUCGCUUCCGCAUAACGGUCUUGUUGGUGAAAUUCCUGUUGAGGUUUGGGGAUUGGGUAAUCUCGAAGUUCUUAAUCUCGAAGGAAAUGAUUUCUAUGGAGAUUUCUCACGUUAUAACUUCACUUGUCUUAGAAGCCUCAGGAUUCUCAACUUAGGAUUCAAUAGGAUAUUCGGUAGAUUUCCUUCAUCGAUUAGGCAAUGUCGGAGAUUGGAAGUUUUGAACAUCGCCGGAAAUGCAAUCGCCGGCGACAUUCCGGGAUAUUUUUGCGGCUUUUGUAGGUUAGUCGUCGCCAAUUUGUCGUCGAACCGAUUGAUCGGAACUGAUUCGAGCUUGUUCAGACAUGGCUGCAAGAGACUCGAGCAUUUGGAUCUUUCCUACAACUCCCUCGCCGGAGAGAUUCCGCGUAGUUUAGGACAAUGCCGGCGUUUGAGGACGCUCCGGCUGUCUUCGAAUGCUUUUUGUGGCGUAAUCCCUUAUGACAUCGGAAGGCUCCGGCGCCUCGAAGUUUUGGAUAUUUCUAGAAAUAUGCUUCGCGGGCAUUUGUCUCCGGCAAAUCUCGGCGAAUGUAAGAGUCUAAGAGUGUUAAACUUGGCUCGGAACUUUCUUACAGCCGAUGUCGACGGUGUUCUCGGACAAUGUAAGAAUCUGCGGUAUCUGAACUUGAGCUCGAACCGGCUGUCGACAACGUUGGACAUUAGUAAGAACACGGUAUCCGGCGAAAUCGCAAGUUUCAUUACCGAUAUCUGUAACCGGUCGCUUUCUGUGCAGCUGAUUCGUCUUCAGCGGAAGAUUGGCGAGCCCGACAGAGGUAGCCGAAAUCGACAACUUUCGAUUCGCGCCGUAGCGUCGAUAGUCUCUGUGUCGGCCGUAGCGGCGAUCCUUGUCACUUUGCUCGUUCUAUUCUGCUGCAUUAAAAGGCGGCGAAUCGAGUCGAGGAUCGAUGUUUCGGCGUCGCCGUACACGGAGAAAGUCACCGUGUUCAACGACAUCGGUGUGCCUUUAACCUACGAGACCAUCGUCGAGGUGACUGAGAAUUUCAGCAGACGGAACUGCAUCGGGAGCGGCGGGUUCGGAUCGACGUACCGCGCGGAGGCAGCUCCCGGAAAUACGAUCGCUGUGAAGCGGCUGACGGGCGAACGGCAUCAAGGCGCAGUGCAGUUCCGGGCGGAGAUUGCCACUCUCGGACGGAUCCGACACCCGAAUCUCAUUACGUUGAUCGGAUACUACGCGAGCGACGCCGAAAUGUUCCUCGUCUAUAACUACCUUCCGGGGGGCAAUUUGGAUCGAUUCAUCGGCGAACGUGAGAGGCGGAUGUUCGAUUACCGGAAGCUCCACAAGAUUGCCGUCGACGUUGCAUCGGCGCUCGCCUAUCUCCACGAAGAGUGUCGGCCGGGUAUUCUGCAUCGGGACAUCAAGCCGAGCAACAUAUUGCUGGACAACGACGGGAACGCCUACUUAUCCGACUUCGGGCUGUCGAAAAUCGUGACGGACGGGAACUCGACCUGUAUCGCUGGGACGUACGGCUACAUUGCUCCGGAGUAUGCCCUCACGGGGCGCGUUUCUGACAAAACCGACGUAUACAGCUACGGCGUGGUGCUGCUGGAAUUGAUGUCGGACAAGCGGGCGCUCGACCCGUCGUUUCAUUCGCACGAGGACGGCUUCAACAUUGUGUCAUGGGCGCGGAUGCUGCGCGACGAAGAUCGGGCCGAGGAUGUGUUCGCAGCCUGUUUACGGGAGUUGGGGCCGAGGGAUAGCCUGGUGAAAAUGCUGCACAUUGCUGUUCUAUGCACGGUAGAGUCCGUCGAUUCGAGGCCGACGAUGAAGGAAGUUGUGGAGAAGUUACAACAGAUUCAGCCUUGAAAGUUUGUUAAGAGAUUGAGGUUAGAAAGUUAGGAGUGAAAUUGAUCACAUGAUUGAUUCAAACAAAAAAACAUUGUUCUUGAUGAGAAAGAUGAUUGAUUUUGUGCAACGUUUGAAAA